AUGCCUUCGAUACGUAUUCGCCAACCCUUUGCGGCCGCGUUCGCCGUACUCUUCCUGGUCUCGGCAUAUCUGGGCCUCUCGACUCAGAAGCUCCCUCAAUAUGGCCAGAGUGACAAGGGUCUACAUUUCGUGACCUUCUUUCUGCUCACGCUCUCCUUCUACUGGAUCCUCGAAGCGCCCCGCCGCCGCGUAAUCCACAUCACCCUCCUAGUAUGCACCGCCGCUCUUGCCAUAGGCAGCGAAGUAGCCCAAGCUCUACUCCCCAAUGGCCGGGACUUCGAUCCCUUCGAUAUCCUCGCCAAUGUCGUAGGCUCAACCCUCGCUUUACUCCUCUGCAGCUGGUACCACAAGCGUAUGCUCGAACGACGGAGAAAGAACAAGCACUACGAUCUUGUUGCUGGAGAGGAGGUUGAUGACGAGGAAGGCGGUGUGCCUGGAGAGAGCGAGAGGGAUGUAGAGCUUGGGGAGGGUGUUGGCCUUGGGAGCCAGGAGACGGGCUCUGUGCCUGUGGAUGCGAACGGACAGGCGAGCGCAGGGGCCAAGACGACGAAUGUCACGGAGGAGUUGGACAACUGGGAUGAGAACGACGAGGAUUGGGAAGAGGAAGGGGCAGAGGCUGCGAAAGUCACUGCGGGAGUGAAUGAAGAUGGAGAGCCCCCGAAGAAACGGACGGAUUGA